AUGCCAGUGAAACUUGACAAUGAAAGUGAACUUCGUGAAGCUCAGGCCGCUUUGUUCAACGUGAACUCGCAAUCUGGAUGGCUUUUGCUCAACUACGUCGGGCCUCACACUGUUCACUUCGCAGCCGGUGGAGAAGGUGAUGUGGACGAACUUAAAAACCAUCUAGAGAACGAUCAAAUCCAGUAUGGUCUUGUACGUCUUGGCGGUAUUCAAGAAAAGGGAACCCUCAAGGUUACGAUACGUGAUGUUUUUAUCAACUGGAUUGGUCCAGAAGUUGCCAUUGCAGAGAAGGGCAAGAAGUCGGCACACCUAGGCGAUGUUCAGACCUUCCUCCAGCCCUUUCAUGCAGAAGUUACUGUCCACAACAAGGAUAAUUUCAACCACCAAACCGUUCUGGACAAAUCGCACCCUCUUUCUGGCUCACAUGUUAUCGAUUAG